UGCUUGCCGAAAUACAGGAAACCAGUGGUGAUAAUAUCCCGAAAGACGAAUAGUUAACACCUCGCGCGUCAUAGCGCAAUUUUUGUCCGGUGCUAUUUUGUAUUUCCGAGGGUGCUGUCAUCCAGGAAGGAUUUGGAUACUAUUUAGUGAGCGUGCUCCGCCUAAUAUGAGCUUUUCGUCCACGACUUGAAACAAGAAACAAAAGCAAUGGGAGCAUUUGGAGUGAUAAUAUGGAUUUUACAUUGUAUGGGACUCUAUAUUCAACUUAACGCCGCUUACAAACCGACUGUGCGAACCGAGGUGGACAAUCAUAUAUCUGGAAAUGCUGUCUUCACGGAGGUCCCUCAUGACACCACAACGCAUAGCGGUCAGGAUGUGGAGAUGGCCUGUUCAUUCCGGGGGGCGGGGCCCUCCUACUCCCUGGAGAUCCAGUGGUGGUACAUGAAGAACCACAGAGACUGGCCAGAGAAGCCCGCCUGGACCUCCAAUCAGGUGGGGCCAAUGGAGGAGAUGUCUAAGGAUGCCACCAAAAUAAGUGUGGUGAAAGUGGCUGGGAGCAACAUCUCCCACAAGCUCCGCCUCUCCAGCGUCAAGCAGUCAGACGAGGGCACAUACGAGUGCCGUGUCAUCGACUUCAGCGGCAGCGUGGCGCAGCUCCACCGCGUCCGGGCCUACCUCCAGGUGGAAGCCGAGAGAUGGCUGGGCCACGGGUCAGCAGACACCCAGCCCCAGGAGCCCCGACACAAGGGGAGCCAGGUGCACCUCCGCCAAACAGAGGACCGGGAACUGAAGAGGCGAUCGGCCGAUGACAGCACCACGGACUGCACUGAGAGCUGUGUGCUCUAGAGUCUGGUUCUGUGUCCAGAUAGGAAUAACAGGAGUGCAUGUUCCCGAUUAUCUUAAGAAGGAUGAUUAUUUUUACACCAGCAGAGGCCUGGACAAAAACUGCUUAAUAUAUAUGUUAAUUUAUGAAUCGAUUUGUUUGGUUGUUUGUUAAUCUGAGAUUUGUUUCUGCUUGUUUGAAUUCAGAUUGUCACAGACCACCAGAGGGCAUGAUCGUGUUGUCUUGGUUCUUAAAUGUAACGUUAUUUCUCAUCGCCUUUGUUAAAUGCUUUGUCCAUGAUUUCUGACUCUGGGGUUGUGAUGGGUGAAGAUGAGGGUGUCGUUGGGUGGAAAGGAUGCAGGGAAGGCCUGUAUCUCAAUAGUAUGAAGUAUCUUCCUUCCUUUGUCUCCUUUCCUUAAUAAGCACUGAUCUGAAAUGAAUGGAAAGGACAAAGCAAUAUAUACUUUAGAGUGGCGCAGCGGUCUAAGGCACUGCAUCUCAGUGAUAAAGACGUCACUACAGACCCUGGUUUGAUUCUAGGCUGUAUCACAACCGACCGUGAUUGGGAGUCCCAUAGGGGGGUGCACAAUUGGAUUCCUGCAUCAUCCGGGUUAGGGUUGGCCGGGGUAGACUGAAUUUGUUAUUAACCGACUUGCCUGUUAAAAGGUUAAAUAAAUAAAACACUGAACAAAAAUAUAAAAGGCAACAUGCAACAAUUUCUGAGAUGUUAUUGAGUUACA